AUGUCGGACUGGUAUUGGCGGGUGAUUGCCUUUAAGGCGGCUUUCGUACUUACAUGUUUUGUUUCUUACCUUAAAGCUGAUGAUACCAUACAAAAAUUGCCUUUCUGUAAUCCUCACACCGCUAAAGAUGCACCGGUAUAUGAUGACUUAGUGCUUGUGAGUACCAUAGAUGGCCGCUUGACUGCGUUUUCAACUGAUAAUGGAAACCAAGCUUGGGCGCUGGAUACUCAACCUCUUUUAUCAUCUACUCUUCAUCAUGUGGAGCUUACAUCUGGUGGGAAAUGGGUACGGUUAGUGCCAUCCUUACGUGGUACUCUGUACAGUCUAAGCGGUGACACACUGGAGCCACUGCCAUUUGAUGCUGAUCAGUUGUUAUCAUCUUCGUUCAAAUAUUCUGAUGACCUAGUUAUUGCUGGUGCGCGAGAAACUGUUUGGUUGGGUAUAGAUGCCCACUCUGGUGCAACCAUAUAUGAAUGCGGUUCCUCCGGCUGUAACUCAGAACAGCAGACAGCCAGUAGUGGUCGAGAUAUCCUUGUACUGAGACGACACUCUAAUACUGUGAGAGCGUUAGAUCCACGGAGCGGUACGGAGAAAUGGAACUUCAGCGUAGCAGAACACCAACUGGCAAUGAGCAGAAGGGAAUGUGUGGGUAAAACGAAACCUUCUAGCUCUUUAGCUAUCGCCGUAGCAUUACCUGAAGGAGUUGUAGCCGUCAGACAUCCGGAAUCACAUAUUUUGAUAUGGCAACACAAGCUAGACGCGCCAGUAGCCAAUAUGUGGCGUGUUCAGGGCGGAGUAGUACAACACAUGGAUGUAUUAUGGCAAGCUGCUCAUGCUGUAGCCGAUGCUAAGAAUUCAGCACCGUCCUUAUACUUGGGAAUACAUAAUACACAGUUAUACAUCCAAGAAAGCGCCCUCUAUGCUGAGAGACUGGCAACCUCUGUAUCCACAAAACCGCUGCCGUGGAAGGUGAAGCAAUCCAGACCACUCAUAGGGGAUGAUAAAGCGUUACAGCCCUUACCUGAUGCUGACCAGAAUACGCUGUCCAUUGUCACUUUGUAUGGCAACACAGGAGUUCAAGAUAACCAGGGUUUCUUCCUAUACCUGCAAGAGACCUGCGACCAAGCAGUUCAAGUAUCCGAAGAUGCCCUACCCGGCCCUGACAUAGUUCUUCCGAACAGCAGUGACGACCAGCUAACCCAUCACCAUGUGCACGUCCACGUCUAUUCUCUCUGGUUCUGGUGGAAGGAGGUCCUACUCAUAGCGAUCAGUUCAGCGCUUUUAAUGAACUUACUGAUAUGGCCGAGGUUCUUCGGAGCAAAAAUCAGGCCAAUAACACCAUUACCGAUUAACCAGGAAGUGAUCGUCGUGGAAAGGCACUAUGAGAGGCAGACUCCGGUGGUGGAGUAUUCUGGGAGAUACGAAAACGACUUUACGCCUUUGAGGUGUCUCGGAAGGGGUGGAUUCGGUGUGGUUUUUGAGGCUAGAAAUAAUAUCGACCAUUGUUCCUAUGCGGUUAAGAGGAUCACGCUGCCGAGGAGAGAAUCACGUCGCGAACGUGUAUUACGAGAAGUGAGAGCUCUCGCUAAACUGGAGCAUGAACAUAUAGUGCGUUACUUCAACGCGUGGCUCGAGGAGCCGCCACUGAGAUGGCAGGAAGAAAGAGAUGCUUACUGGCUACGGGAAUUGGGAGGUAUUUCACUGGGCAUGACUGAAGACUGUACAUCUCCAUUGCCGAGAAAAGACAAGUCGUCAAAGGGUGAUGCCGUUACGCUAAAUAUCCACAAGAGCAUAGAUGAUUGUAUUGAUGCACUUGAUUAUGAGAAGAAACUCGGUGAACCAAAGAGGUUGAGGUCACUAAGCUGCAAUGAUUCAUUCAGUAUAAUAUUUGACGACAACGCAUCUAAAGACGUGCACGUAACAUCGACCACGCCCAAAUCACGCGAAGCCACGCCCACUUCCAAAAAAGCAACUGAUGACGAUUCUUUCAUUGUAUUUGCGAAUUCAGAACAUUCGAAAGGAUUAUCCGAGGCUAGAGAUAUCACGAAUAAGAAAUUGGAUAAAAUAAUGGAGAGUGAUGGAUAUUCGAAGGGAAGAAAGAAAAAGGGUCAUACACGUCACUGGUCUCUUGACAUGGUAGUCCGGAGCAAUGAGGAGACACCCCAAGGCAGUAAAAUGUACCUCUAUAUACAAAUGCAGCUAUGUCUGCGAGACAGUUUGCAUGACUGGUUACGGAAUAAUCGGACCUGGGAAUCUCGGAGGGAUAAAGUCAAAACGCUAUUUUGUCAAAUAGUAUCUGCAGUGGAAUACGUCCAUUUAGCGGGUUUAAUUCAUCGAGAUUUAAAACCCAGUAACAUUUUCUUUGCGCCGGAUGGCAAAGUGAAAGUUGGGGAUUUUGGCCUCGUCACAGCUAUGGGAGAUAAUUCACAGGAUGGGGAUGGAACUGAACAAAUGAAUAUGCACGCGCGGCAUACACAUCGAGUCGGUACUCAUCUAUACAUGUCGCCCGAACAACUUCUAGGGCUGCCGUACAGCUACAAAGUGGACAUUUACUCGCUAGGACUCGUCCUCUUUGAGUUGUUGCAUCCUUUUGGCACCGAAUCUGAGAGGGUCUCCUGUCUAAUGAGGCUGCGGGAUGGCCAGUACCCCAAUCAUUUUCAGCAGAAUUAUCCUAAUGAGACAGAAGUCCUAAAACUAAUGUUAAGUUCGGACCCGAACCAGCGACCCACAGCGAGUGGUGUUAAAGCGCGUGCGCCACUCUACCAAGCGACGGACGAACAGUGGCAUUUCACUUUACCCACUCUCCUCUCCGGGUAA